AAACAGCUGUUAUCUGUCAACUGAUUUAUUUUAUUUUUUUUUUUAUCAAUAAUAUUAUUUAAAUUUAUUCAUAAACAUUAUUAAAAUGUAAAUAAUUAAUUUCAAUUUUAAAUAUUGUUUAUUAAAUAUUUAAAUAUUUUUUUUUUUUCAAUGUUUAUCAAUAAUUUUAUCAGCCAUAUAUAUAAAUUCAAUUAUUUCAAUUAUUUACCAGUUUUGUUGCUGUUAAAUUCUCUUAUCCAAUUUCUAUAUUAAUUGUAUUUUAUUUAUCAUUUAAUUAAAAACAAUUUGCAAAAGAAAAUUAAUAACAAUCAAUGACACUUGACAGUUGACACGUACACUGUUGUUUUUAUUGUUUUUUAUAUUUUCAAUAUUGAGGUUAUAUUUCCAUCAAUCAUCAAUUUUCAUGUAGCUUUUAUUGCUUUUAUCAGCUUUUAUGCAAACUGCCUUAAAUCUUAAUCAUAAUUUAUAUAAAAACACCAAAGUUGUCAAAAACCAAAAAAAAACAUCAAUAUAUAUUUGACCCAUGUAUUAUUUAUAUUAAAUUUUCAUUUUUAUUUAUCUUUUUAAUAAUAAUUAAAUCAUCAUUGAAAUAGUGACAAUAAAACGACAAUAAAAAAUGCAUUUAUUGUUGAUAAAAUGAUCAUUGAAUUCAUUAUAUAACCUUCAAGUCGUUAUGUCGUUUAAUAAAUUUUCUUCAUCAAUACAUUGCUCCAAAAUUAAUGAAAAAAAAAAAUUAAAUUAUUAAUUAACAAAAUAGACUGUCAAGAAAAAAAAAACAUAAAAAAAAUUGUGCAAUAAUGGAUCCAGAAAAAUUAAGAGAAAAAAUAUUUCCAACAAUAAGUGUAACAAAUAAAUCAUCAUUGAAUAAAUUUGACAGUAAUGAAAAUGUUGUAUCAAUUGGAUCAUUAUUGAAAUUAACAUCAAAUGAUACACGUGAAUUUAUUUGUGGAUGGGGUGCAGCAGUGAUAAACGUGACAGUAACAUAUCCAAUAAAUAAAAUAAUAUUUCGUCAAAUACUUGAAGGAGUACCAGCAAAUGAAGCUGUUAAACAAUUAUCAAGUGAAGGCAUACGUUUGUUGUAUCGUGGUAUACUUCCACCAUUAUGUCAAAAAACAUUAUCACUAAGUAUUAUGUUUAGUGUUUAUGAAGGAAGUCGUACAAGAUUAAUGAUACUAAUUAAUCAGCCAAUUUUAUCAAAAAUAAUUGCUGCAAAUGUUGCUGGUACUGCUGAGGCAAUGUUAAUGCCACUUGAAAGAAUUCAAACACUUUUACAAGAUUGGAGAUAUCAUAAUAAAUUUAAAAAUACAUCACAUGCUUUUAAAUUUAUUCUUCAAAAUUAUGGUUUUACUGAAUGUUAUCGUGGAUUAUUUCCAAUAAUUCUUAGAAAUGGUUUAUCAAAUUUAACAUUUUUUACAUUGAGGGAUCAAUCGAAACAAUUGAUUGGUAAUGAUGAAAGUUUUUUAUCAAAUUUUGUUAGUGGUGCAUUAAUUGGUGGUUUUACAAGUACACUAUUUUAUCCAAUGAAUGUAUUAAAAAUACAUAUGCAAUCUAAAAUUGGUGGUAGAUUUGAUAAUUUAUUUUUUGCUAUGAGAGAUAUUUGGAUUUCUAGAAAUAGAAGCUUCAAUGGAUUUUACCAGGGUGUUCAUUUAAAUUACAUGAGAUCAUUUAUUAGUUGGGGUGUUAUUAAUGCAUCUUAUGAUUUUUUGAAAAAUAUUAUUUUAUUGUAAAUAAUAUAAUUUGUGAUAUAAAAAAAUUUUAAUAGUAAAAAAAAAUAAAAUUAAAUUUUAAUAAAUAUUUUCUUUUUUUUUUUUUUAUUUAUAUUUGUAUUGAAAUUUAUUAUAUCAAUUUCAUAUUUGAUUUUUAAUUAUAAAUUUUUAUGAAUGAUUAUUAAUAAAUUUAUUUAUGUGUACAAAAUUUUAUAUUUUAAUUAUUUGUUUAAUUUUUUUUUCGUAGUAGCUAAAAUAUUUUAAAAUACUUUGUGAAUAUAUUGAAAAAAAAAAUUAAUAUCAAGUGUGACUGAUAAGGUCAAAAAAAAUAAGAAAUACAAGAUGAAAAUUUAUAAUCAAUUUAUUCAAUGAUUAAUUGCAUAAAAAUAAUUUUAUUGUUAAAAUAUUUUUAAAAACUUACAACGUUAUUAAAUAAUCCAAAAAAUAAUAAAAAAAUACUAUAAAUUAAAUUUUAAAACA